AUUUUGCAAGCGCACACCACGGAUGUUCAUGGUAGCUGCAGUCAGCUGUUGCUCGCUUGCUUCUCUGCCUGCCCCGCUCCGCCCCCUCCGUCUGGAGCUCACACCCACAGCAGCCCUUUGCCGUUAGCGGACCGAGACACAGCUCCCCCCCCCGCCCUUCUCUUCCUCUCCCCGCUCAACUUCUGUAACUUUCUCGCUUUGCACCAACUUCCUCCUGGCGAGGCUUCCGCGGGCUGCGAGCCAGGCUCGGCGACUGACGGGCGGAGGAGAAAGAGGAGGCUCGCCCCGCUCUGCUCGCCCCGUCGGGGUCCGGGAAGAAGGCGAAGGAGGGAUGGGGGCAGAGCCGCGGGGCGCCGCGGGGCUGUGAUUGUGAAGAAGGCGAAGCGCCGCGCCACUCUCCCUCUGCCGCAGCCGACGCCGACGGGACCGCCAUGAGUUCGGUGUGGAAGCGGCUCCAGCGCGUCGGAAAGCGGGCGGCCAAAUUCCAUUUCGUGGCCUGUUACCAGGAGCUGGUGGUGGAGUGCACCAAGAAAUGGCAGCCGGACAAGCUGGUUGUGGUCUGGACCCGAAGGAACCGCCGAAUCUGCUCCAAGGCUCACGGCUGGCAGCCAGGGAUCAAGAACCCCUACCGGGGCACCGUGGUCUGGAUGGUACCUGAGAAUGUGGACAUUAUGGUGACCCUCUACCGGGACCCCCACAUAGAGGAAUAUGAAGACAAAGACUGGACCUUCGUGAUUGAAAAUGAAUCGAAGGGGCAGCGGAAGGUCCUGGCUUCGGUGGACGUGAACCUCAAGCGCUUUGCCAGCCCCACGCCCACCCAGGUGGACCUGAAGCUGAAGCUGAAGCCACGGUCAGUGAAGGUGGUGGCGGCCACGCUCCAGCUGACGCUUUCUUGCGUGUUCCUGCGUGAAGGGAAAGCCACGGAUGAAGACAUGCAGAGUCUGGCCAGCCUGAUGAGCGUCAAGCCCUCUGACAUUGGCAACCUGGAUGACUUCGCUGAUAGUGAGGAGGAGUCUGAGGACGCCCCAAAACAGAGCCGCCAAGAGGAUGGUGCCAGCCAGGGGGUGCCUCCUAAAGGAUUCCUCCAAAACGUCUUGGUGGACUAUUUCACAGACACUUCGCGGGAUCUCAACACUCUGGCGGAGGAAGAGGAGGAUGCGUCUGCUCAGAGCACAAGCCAAGGUGCAUCGGGGACCUCUGCUCCUCCCAGGACCUUCAGGAAGGAAGUUGUUGCUGACGUUCCCAAGCGAACAGCGGAUGCCGUUAACAGGGGCAGCACUGUGGCCCCGGACACCCUUCUUUCUGCGGCCAUCUCCGGGGCGGCCCCCUUUGCAGUAAGUGGCGCAGAGUGUGCUGGGCGUGUGGGGCACGGAGGGGCAAGUGCUGUAUUGCCAGGAGGAGGCCCGGGCACCUGGAACCCAGCUGCAGGGACUUUUGCGGAGUUGGCACAAGCCGGGGCGGAAAAGGAGAAGGAAGAGAAACAAGCCGAACUGCCACAGGGACGGACGGCGCCGCUGAACGACGUGGAAGUUCGGCCCGCCGACGUCUGGAGACCCCGAGAGGAGAGCCCUUUCCCUGUGCCGCAGAGCGAGAAGAAGAGACCCCUCGAGGGACCUCCUGGGCUCACAGAUAUCCCCCUCUUGCCUCCCUUUGCACCUGAGGCCCCCCCUGUCCGGAAGCGCAGGCUGGAGAAGGCGCUGCCGUCCCCAGAGCCCCCGAGUCCCAUGGCAGAGGUGGCCUUGCCUGCGGAGGACGGCUCUGGUCGUCCCCCUGCUGGGCCUGUUGCCCCGGAGAGCCCAGCCAGGGAAAGAUCAGGCUGUGGUUCUGUGGCGAUGUAUUUUGUUGAAGACCCAGCCCUCAUCGAACACGAACCCGUCCUAAUCGCCAGUGAAGGCCGUUCCUCAGGGCCAUCUUCACACGCGGCCUUCCUGGCUUUGUCUCCGGUUGUGGGGCCAUCCUCCGGGGCAAGGGAGUUUGCAGGACCAGCCACUGGCGUAGCAGGAGGUCGAGCAACGGCAGAAGUUGCUCCUGAGUUGCUUAGUGGCGGCAGCGCUGUGGUGGACCCUGCAGAGACUGAACGUGGGGCAGCUUGGGGAGGGGUGGUGUGGCCUCUUGGAGAGGGCCCGGGGCCCGAGCUUCCUCUGGUUGACCUAGCAGGGGAUGGAGUGGAGGAGGAGGAGGAGCAGAUCGCGGUCAAGGGGUGGGUUUCUGACGCCAAGCUGGGCUGUGCGACAGGAGAAACCCUCCCUCCGGAGCUGACAGUUGAACCGGAGAUUGAGCGGAUGGAGGCUGAAGGCAGCUGGGAGGCUUCUGCAGCUGCUUCCAUGGAGGGGGCUCCUCUAGAAACCCCUCCUCAACAGGAGGAAAGUUGCACAGGGAGCGGGACCGAGGUGGACAGUUGCCAAGGAUCGGAGGUGCCUGAAGGCCCCAUCCCACCAACAGGCCUUUCCCCGGAAUCCCCCCUGCAGCAGGUACAGCUACUUGUGGAGAAGGGCAUUGAGGGUGGCAGCGGCCUUCAAACCCCACCAGAGCCAUCACCAUCUCCUGCAAGGGAGGGCAGGGAAGAGGUGCCAGGGGUGGGCAUGGCAGAGGGGCCCGCCCCUCUCCUCGCUGCCCUGCCCAGCCAUGAGAGGGAGGACGAAACAGCAGCCGCUGGGAGCAGCCAGCAAAGUCCACCGGUAGCCGCCCGGUGGGAACCGGAGGAAGGAGAGACAGGCGGCAGAAGGGAUGUGAACGAGAGGAGAGCUUCGGCAGGGGCCACCCCAGAGGAGGAAGCUCCUCAAGUGGAAGAUGUCGCGGCAGGGGAGGGAGAGGAAGGCGGCAGAGAGGAACUUCUGGAAAGUGUUCUGGAGGCUGCAGUGGCAAAGUCACACAAGCAGGCUGAGGACAGGAAGAGUGAGGCUUUGGGCCUGGUUUCUCCUGGGAGCAGUGUCCCCAGCGUAGAAGGGGCAAGGUUGGGCCAAGAGGAGCCGGAGAUCCACAGUCCAUCAGACAGUGGAGGUGCCGGAGGAGAAGAGGCAUCCAGCACAGAGGGGGGCCCUGUUGCCAGGGGUCACUUACUCCCGAGGAACAGGGAGCGAGUGCCAGUCUCGGCGGCAACUCCCUACCCCCCCAGCCCCUCAUCGCCUCAGGAUCCUGACCUUCCUCUCCCAGCUCCCCACACCCUCAAGGCGAAGAAAGCCAGGCCCAGCCAGGAAGCGCUGGUGCCCACAGGCCCAGAUUUUGGUGCUCAAGGCGAAGCCCAGGUUGACUCCCCCAGCAGCCCGGCCCUCGUGAGUUGCAGCCAGUCCUUGCUGGAGUGGUGUCAGGAAGUGACGGCAGGCUACCGGGGCGUCCGCAUCACCAACUUCACCACGUCUUGGCGCAACGGGCUGGCUUUCUGCGCCAUCCUGCAUCACUUCCACCCAGAGAAGAUCAAUUACGAAGCCCUGGACCCGCUUGAUAUCAAACAGAACAAUAAACUGGCGUUUGACGGUUUUGCCUCACUGGGAAUCUCCCGGGUGAUGGAUCCUGCCGACAUGGUUUUCCUGGCUGUGCCUGAUCGGCUGAUUGUCAUGACGUAUCUGUGCCAAAUCCGGGCUUUUUUCACCGGGCAAGAGCUGAACGUGGUCCAGCUCGCUACUCACAGCAACCAGACCACCUACAAGGUGGGCAAAUUCGACACGGACUCCUCUGGCUCCGUUGAUCCCUCUGUCUUCUACUCCCAACAUCUCCAAACCACCGCCUCCCAGGCAGAGCAGCCCAGGGGGCUGGAUGCAGAAGACUCUGAGAUAGCAAGGGCCUCCAGCACUCUGAUGGAGGAAGACCAAAGGCCGAAGGUGGAGGAUGCUACCCAAAAGCAUUCUGGGAGCGAGGAAGAGGCAGGCGCUGCAAAGGAUUCUGGGAAGGAAGCUGUAACAGAGGACAGGACGGUGAAAGUCGACAAUACUGAGCCUCUACAGGCUGUGGAGCUAGAUCAGGCACCUGAGGUAGCAGAUGCUGAAGGGAAGGAGAUUGUCAAUGGUGCCGCUGCCAGGCCAACUGAACAGCCCACGUCAGAGCCCGUCAGAUCUGUGGACUGUAAAGCAGAGAGUGCAGAGGCUGCAGCUGAAAGUACCCCAAGCAUGCAGCCUUUCCCCAAGGGCUCUGCAAGGAUGGAGGCUGCCUCCAAGUUGGAUGGGAACACACUUGUUAAUGGCACCGGGGCCAACCCACCCAUGGAAAAUGGGACAGGUUUUGUGGCCCACGUGGAUUCUAAGACUGAGGACUCAAGGCCUGGUGGUGGCACCAGGACCAACCAAAGCACUGACCAGGAGGAAUUGCUCUCUGCCCCAAGGGACUCUGGGAGUAGUGCCCUAAGGCCCAAUGGGAAGGCGCUGGUCAAUGGGGCCACGGCCACUCAGAGCACAGAGCCAGAGGCUUCGAGGAACCGCGAGUCAGAAGCCACAAGGCCUGAGGGGAAGCUGUCGACCAGCAAUGGAGAGAAGCUGGUUCCCCCGCCGCGGCUGAAGCGGAUUGUGUCCCGGGGCAGUGUCGAACGGCCCAUGCAGCGCUCUCUCUCCACAGGGAGCCAGGGCCCGGUAGCCCCCCCACGCUCCCAUGCAGCCAAGUCCACCUUCGCUCACGUGCGCGACGCAGACCUGGUGAAGAAGCGCCGCUCCCGGCUCAAAAGCGAGUCCCUGUCGAUGGACGAAUCGGACCCGGGUAGCCCUGUGGAGGACUCUGCCAGGCGGCUGGCUGCGGGGGAUGUUUGCGAUGAGGGCUUGAGAUCCCAGCAAAUCACCGCAAAAGUGCAGCAGCACCCAGCCUUGCCAACGGCUACUUCCCAAGAACCACCACAGGGCGCCAGCCUCAAGAUCUGCACCAAUGAAGAAGAGAUUCUGAGGUUCCAGGACACCAGCCAGUAUGUGGUGGCUGAACUCCGGGCUUUGGAGAAUGAGCAGAGGCAAAUCGAUGGGCGGGCAGCCGUGGUGGAAAAGGACCUACGGGGCCUCAUGGAAUCAGGCGCUGACAAGCUGAGGGAAGAGGAGCUGAUCCAGGAAUGGUUCACUCUGGUGAAUAAGAAGAACGCCCUGAUCCGGCGGCAGGACCAGCUGCAAUUGCUGAUGGAGGAACAAGACCUGGAGAGGCGAUUCGAACUCCUGAGCCGUGAGCUGAGAGCCAUGAUGGCUAUCGAAGACUGGCUCAAAACGGAAGCUCAGCAGCAACGGGAGCAGCUCCUGCUGGAAGAGCUGGUGUCCCUGGUGAACCAGCGGGACGAGCUGGUGAGAGACCUGGACAUCAAAGAGAGGAUAGCUUUGGAAGAGGAUGCCCGGCUAGAACGGGGAUUGCAACAGAGACGUCGCAAGCUCAGCCGCAAGGAAAAGUGUCGCGUCAGCUGAGAUGGGCCAACGGUGCAGCUUGCCCCUUCUACUCUCUGCACCCUACGCCCUCUGUACAUGUGAUGGCAGGAGGGACCGCACGUGAGAGCACUUCUGCCCCCUCCCCAUGGCAGUCCCAGCCCCAAAUGCCCACCAGCCUUGGGGAGGGUCUUCCCUGCCAUCCUGCUGUGUUGCUCUGCUGCUGGCGCACAUCGUUACCCACAGUCCUCUCGGGUCAUGGCUGAUUGUCUGCUCGCGCCAAAGAGAGGCGUCUGCGUGUGUCGUUUUUUUCCCCAAGUGGGGCAGGAGAGAGAAUCCAGUACUUGUCUCUUUCUGUUACCCCAUUUCCUUGCCCUCCCCAGAGAUGAUUUUGGAUGCCAUUUUUAAAGGGCAGUGCCCAUGAACCCCACCUGAUCUGGAGAGGGCGGAAAGCAGCCUUUUUAAAUCACUCUCUCCAAAUUUUAGGGACUAUUUAUUUUGUGUGUAUGUGUGUUGUGUGUGCGCGCAUGUGAGCUGCUCUUUUGGGUUUGAAAACGGGUGCCUCCCCUUCCUCCUCCUCUCCCCCCACUGGUCAGGAUGCCUUUUUUCUUCUUCCAAAGCUUCUUUGGCUCUCUGUUUUUUAAUAAUCAUUGUUUGUUGUUGAUGGUACAAAAGCCACAAAGUGCCUUGAACACUCCUACAGCCGGACGUGACAUUUAUUCCCAGUUUUGCACCUCCCCUCAGUCCUCAGUCCCUUCCCUGGUUAUUUGCACUAAAUUUGUACCAGAGUUUGAAAUAAAUAUAUCAAAAGACACAA